UUGUAAAGUGCCCGAAAAAAUCAUAAACAUGAAGGUCAUUUUUUGCAUCAUUUUACUUGUUGCCCUCUGCGUGGAUGUUUCUCCACAUCCAUCACCCGAUAGUACGAAAGAUGAGGUAUCACUGGAUACAGAAGUAGAGGAGUAUGAUCAGCCAUCUCUUAUUUUAGAAUUAAUAGAUAUUAUUCAGGAAAUUUUUGAGAAAAUAGGACAGAAAUCUGAGGAUGGAGAGUGGCAAGCAUCAGGCAGUCAAUCUGAAGAUGGACACGCGGAAAUAUCAGAUAGUCAAUCUGAAGAUGGACAGAAAGAAGUAUCAGAUAGUCAAUCGGUUCCUGAACCUGAGCCCACAAAAAGGAAAGGAAGACGUCAAUCUUUGAAUUCCAGAAGAACUAAGUCAUCUGGUUCUAAUUCUCGGAACUGAUUCACAUAUUAUUUAAUAAUUAUUAUGGUGUGUUAUCAUCAAUUGGUAUCUAAAUAAAAUAUCAUGUUAUAUAAAAUUUUAAAAUGUUGUGUUAAAAUUGGAAAAGAAAUAAA